GUGACGCCCUGAGUAGAUACCCUGUAAUACCGGACACUUUAGAGUGAGGAGUAUAAUAGGUGACGAUCACAACACACUUCAACCUUCGACCUCUCAACACGGACGUCGCGAUUUAUCUUCUGGUCAUAUUCACGUGUUUUGAAGAUUUGUGUUAAAAUAUAUCACAUCGUUAAACAUUAUACACGUAUACAGUUAUUAUCUACAAGGUGAUAGUUAAUUUAACAAGAAUGUCUAAGUCCGAGUCUCGGGUACUGCUGCUGGAAAAUGACCAUUUGGAAAUGGCAAUGUCAGACCAGGAAAAAGACGGAUUUUCAUCGGGGUACGACUCGGCGCAGGAGGUCUCCGAUACGGAAACAAGCCUGUUAAAAGUACAGCAGCCCUACUUAACAUGUGACUCCCAAUGCGACAGUGAGUCUGAAGACGAGGCUACAGAGGUCAUGAGUUAUAAAAGCACCAAGGCCCUCUGUGAACAUCUCAAAUAUAUCGUUUCCAUGCCCGAGUUAUGUGACGUCACGUUUUUGGUUGGCCCCACAAAGGUUCCGGUUUAUGGCGUAAAGGCAAUUCUGGGCACCAGAAGCAGGGUUUUAUAUCAACUUAUUUUGAAUCAACAACAUCAAGCGGAAGCGGAAAGAUCGACAUUUAAGAAGUUCCGGAAGUCAUCCUCAAAAUCGCGUGUCGUCAUAGAAGUGAACAAGUACGAGCCAGAGGACUUCCGAAUGUUAAUGCAAUUUGUUCAUUGUGGAUCUGUGGACAUAGGAAUACACAAUGUGGCGGGUUUGUUGUGCGGGGCAUAUCAGUUUGGUUUGGAGGACCUGCGGUCAGCCUGCUGGGAUUUCGUUCGCCGAUCGCUCGACAGUGCUUCCGGGCAGGAUACAGCGCAUGCGUUGAUGGCAUCAGCCUUCCGGUACAACCAUCACAAGACAACAAGGAAGCUUGUCUCAAAGAUCAACAAGGUGCUACAAGAAACAGAACACAAGAAAAAAGACCAUUUUCACGACCAGCAAUCCAAUGGUUCAAAGAAAACCUCAAAGAUGUCAACAACAGUAUAGAUAGCAACGGAAGUGACGUCAUAACAGUGAUGUCGCUAUAACGUUAAGUGCUCAAUACCUUUCGGAUGGUAAAAGAUAUUGUAUUUAUUUAAAUAUAUAUGUAACUGAAUUUAACAAGAGGGAUGAUAAUUUUGUUCCUAUCUGGAGUGCUCAAAAAUAGUGACACGUGCUUUAUCAAACAAUUGGCCAGUUUCGGAACAGUGAAUAGCCUAUGCUGGAUGGAGUAUUUACGAUUGGCAAUGCCGAACUUGAUGUUCAGAAAAUGUCAUAGCAUUUCGUUCUGUUAUUAUUUCCAAAUUAGAAAAAUAUGUUAUUGAAAAGUGUUAAUGAUUCAUAAAUAUCAAAUAUCAUUUGUUAUGAAAUGGAAUGUUGUUAAUUUUAAUACAUGUAUACUGUGAUGUUGGUGGAGAGAGAAGUUUGUCAGUAUGGAAGUGAUGACAGUGUGGGCAGUGAGUAGUGACAACACUAGUGUGAUGGUGAGGAUAGACAAAAGGACGAGAAGGAGAGAGAGAGAGAAUCUAAUGAAAAAACGAGUAUGAGAGUAAUUAUAGUACGACAAAUCUUGUAAUUCACUUUCGUAAUGUAUUGUAAU